AUGGCUCGAGCAGCGGUUAUUCCGCCGGCGUCGUCGCCUCAACGGACGUCUGGGCCUACUAAACCUGCCGCGAAGACGACGAAAGCCAAGGCACCGAUUUCAGCGACUGAGAGUAGAAAGCGAACUGCGCGGACUAAUCUGUCAACUAUGUGUAGGCCGGCCGAUGACAAUUCAGAUGACGACACCGAUGAUGAGCUGGGGAUGAUUGAUACCAAGGAGAAACCCUCGACGAAAUCCAGGGGCAGGCCCACUGGACCGACUACAACCAGUGCGGGCCGCGGUAGGAAAGCUACGACUACUGCCUCUAGAAAGGCAGGAACUGCCGAUGAAAAUCAGGAUCACGAUGCACAUACAGACGAGAAGAAGAGGCGGCCGGGAACUGCUCCGAAGCAGAGGGGUAGGCCUAAAGGGUCAACGAAUGCGAAAUCGGCUUCAUCGACCGCUGUGGAUGCUCAGAAGGAGACCAGUGCCCAGACUGAUAUGGACACAUCGUCUGAAGAAGGACCGAAGGAGCUGACUAUCACGACCAACUCCGCAAUCAUGCGAUCGAACCUUUUGCGAGGUCCUGCCAAAAAGAAGACGGUAACCUUUAAGGAUGUGUCAGAUUCAGAAGAUACCUUGAGUGAACCAUCGCCCCCGCCUGCUGGAAGAAGACGAGCAGCUACCACAUCUGAACGUCCGGCUGGCCUUGGCGCGAAGCCUGCUCGGAAAGCUUCUACGACUGCUGGUAGAGGUCGCAAACCUGCCGCGACUAAGAAGGGCGCCGCAAAACCACUUUCACCGAAGAAGGCGACACAGGUGGCUAAAGGGAUCUCCUCGUACGCGAGCUCAGAUGGCGAGGAUGAUGAGCUCAGCGCCGCCAAAGACCAGACUAAGAUACCGAUCGACUCUCCUGGCAAACACGGAUCAGGAAACACUGGAUUAAGAUCCCCAGUGAAACGAAUCAACUUCACUUCGGGACAGCCUCGCAAAACUGUCGAUGAGAACGGAGAACCCACGCUCAAACCACCCAAGUCGAUUGAUUUUAGCGAUACCAAUUUCAUGUCUAGUCCCGCUCGCCGACCUCCCCCUUCUCCAUUUAGCUACACUGUCAGAGAGACUCCACGACGCGGCGGUUUUGCUCUGCGCGACGAUGCGAAUCCUAUUGUGCAGCCUAACCUCACACCAACGACCAACUCGCCCCUCAAGUUGUCGCCUAAGAAAGCGAAUUUAGAGACACCAAGACGUGGAGAUUUUGGCUUUCAUGAUGAUUUGAGGCCGCUCUCCCAGCCGAAUUUCACGCCUGGCCGUAACUCGCCCCUUAAAUCGUCACCUAAGAAGGGUAUUUUUGACGCUUCACUAUUCUCACAGCCGUCUUUACCAGAAACCUCAACGCCUUUGAAACGAAGUUUACUCCAGAGCCCUGCCAAAAGGGUCGCCUCACCGUUCAAAAGUUCUUUGCUAUCCAAAAGAUCACCUGUGACUCAGCACUUGGAGUUUGACUCUGACAAUGACGAAGAGACGAAUGUCCUUUCCUCCAAAGCCGCAGGGUCCCCUUUUUGGAGGCAUGACUCGGAGGAGACCAUAGAAAUGCCUGAAGAAUCCGAAUAUUUCAACGAAACCCCAGUUUACCCACGUGUCAGAUCGUAUACACCUGAGAAUGAGAUCGAAGACGAGAUUCGCGAGCUGCCCUUGGAGCAUGAUGGUGGCAUUCGCGAAGAAGUGCUAGUAGACAUGGGUGUGGACCAUGUAGACAUUCUCAGUGAGCCUGACGUAGACGCCGAACAUAUUACCGACGACUUUGAAGAGCCUACGGGGCGUGCUACCCUGGAUCGCGACAGUACUGCUGAAAGCGAAGGAUAUGGUGAAGAUAUCUAUGAGCUUUUCGAAGGCCAAAACGCAAUUGUUGAGAAUAUCCUUAUGGAGGACCGGCUCAAUGCACAGCAGGACUACGUUGAGGAGCAAUUUGAAGAAUACAACCUAGAGACCUCUCAAGAACACACGGUAUGUCUUGAAGUCGCUGAGGAGAAUGCCUAUGCUUCUGGUCCGGAUAUGGAGACUGCAAGUGAAUCCGGAGAGCUUGAACCAGUUUCCGACGACGAUAGGAACCCAGUGGCACUGGGUGUAGAGGAGGACAUUGCUGCUCUCGAGGUGCAACAUGGUGAUGAGUCUGAAGACCAGAGCUACGAAUCUGAGGCUGAUUACCCAGCCGAAGAGUUGCAAGAGCCAAUAGAGUUCUCUAGUCGUGAAAGCAUGCUUGAGGGGCUUGAAGACGUCUUCACUGAAGGCCCCACCACUGAAGUGCGCGGAGAUGUCAUGGGGACAGAGAGCCCUGCUCAGGUUUCACCAGCUGUGGGUAGUCAUAACAUUGACGCUCACAACGAAUAUGAUGAAGAAGUUGACGUCCUCGAUGAUUACAAAUUCGAUGAGGAGGAGGCUACACUAGUGGCAUUUGAUACCCCUAGGAGAACGCCUAGACUAACGCCUGGGCGGACUUCCCGACGGACUCAACGACGGACACCUGGCAGAACAUCUGGAGAGACGCCUAGUCAGGCGCCUCGAGAGAUGCCUCGACAAACGCCUCAGCGGACACCGGGCAGGAUAUCUAGGCAGAUGCCUGGACAGAUAUCCGAGGAAAUGCCGAGACCCACGCCGAGAGUACCUAGACAAACACCUCGACGGACACCGGGCAGGACCUCUACAAGGACACCUAGACAGGUAUCUGAGGAAAAGCGUGAACCGAUGCCGAGACAAGUGCCUAGACAAACCCCUAGUCCGAUGCCUACAGAGUGCACGGUUUCCCCUCAGGUAUUCACCCCUUACGAAAUUGAAGAACCACCGACUCCUCAUUUUCCGAUCUUCUUUCCGUCGUUUCCAAGCUUCUUUCCGUCGUUCGCGCCUCCCGGCUUCCCUGAAGAGUACCGCGAUAAUGUAGAGGAAACUAUGAACGUUGGCGCCGGUGAUCUCACACCUGACGCUAGUAUUUCCGCACAGGACGUUCGUCCCUCCCCUCAGCCCGAGCCUCAUGUUCCAAGUUCAGAGAAAGGAAGGCGUAACCGUCCCCGCUUCACACUCUUGGCAGAGCAACUUAGUCAGUGGAAGGCGACUAGUCCUGAGAAGGCUGAGCCAAGGCGUUCAGGGCGCCGAGGCAUCUUCUCUUUGUCGGGUAAUCUGAGCCGGCCCAGAGAUGACAAUAGCGUUCAUGAAGAUGUAUCUUACCCUGAUCUCUCAGCCGAGCCACAAUCCCCAGUCGCUGAACUCCAACCGAAUGAUGAUAUUGCGGCCACCGAAGAGGAGGGUCACCAGGAAGAGCCAGAAAUGGGUCGCUGUGCUUUUGAAGACUUAGAGAAAUCUCCUGGACUUCCUAUGUUUGAGAUAUUCAGCGACCAGGAUCCUGAAGAGCUUGAUCAAGUUGAGACCCAUGAUGAUACACGGGUCUCCAUUGUUUUUGAGAGUCCAGUACGUCCGGCUGCUUCUGUUCAGGAACUUUUGGAGGACGACAAAGAAAAUUAUGAUGUUCAACUUCCCGCUCCUACAUUCCAUACGGUAUCCAAGGUACCUUUGAAGCCAGAAGGAGAGAUAUCGCCUUUGAAGAUGUCCCGCAAGAGAGGCCGUUCCCUUUCCAUAACUUCACCAACACGCUCCUCUCCUAGACUACGCAAUUCAAUUAUUCCUCCCCGAGACGAGACAUUUGAUUCCCACCCGCCUCGCAAGGCGCCAAGACUAUCAUAUAGCACCAUGCCGCAAUUGCAGCCGAACAGAUCGAGAAGCAGCUCCAGGGCUCAGGAUACAGCAAGAGGGGGUGGCCGCGCAAAGGCUCCUCCACGUUCUCCUAGCCCCGCCAAGUCACCUCGCAGACGUAGCAGCAUCUACCAACCGACAUACACAGGGCCUCUGCAAGGAGCUGUCGUGUAUGUGGACGUGCAUACAACCGAAGGAGAAGAUGCAAGUGGCAUCUUUGUGGAACUUUUGCAGCAAAUGGGUGCCAGAUGCAUCAAGAAUUGGUCUUGGAAUCCUCGCUCAAGCGUGGCCCCCUAUGAACAGACAGACUCAAGGGAGGGCAAAGUUGGUAUUACCCAUGUUGUAUACAAAGACGGUGGUGUACGGACUAUGGAGAAGGUUCGGCACGCCCGAGGUGUGGUCAAAUGUGUAGGUGUCGGCUGGGUUCUGGAUUGCGAAAGAGAGAGCAAGUGGCUUGACGAGACCCAGUAUACCGUUGAUAGCUCAAUUAUCCCGCGCGGUGGAGCCAAGCGCAGAAAGAGCAUGGAGCCCCGCGCUCUCAGCAAUAUCAACGGAACUCUUGUACAAGCCGAUACAACAUCAGCGGGUAGCAGACGGUCUGGUGUGGGUGCUGUUAGUGAUGCCGGGCGGUUUGCCACAUCCACUCCUCACGAAGCGCCUUCAACUCCAAAGAGGAAUAGAAAGUCUGGAGCUGGCCAUCCGGAAGCAGAUCAGAAAUAUUUCCAAACACCUAAAACCCCUGGUUUUACUAUCGACAUGGACGCCAUUGGCAUGUCUCCUGCCACCCCUUUCUUCCUAUCUCAGCGGUCUAAACUUGUCCAACAAACUUGUCCUCCAAAGCAACUCCGACAGGGUCUUUUCUCCAACUCAGGUCCAAGUGAGGAGCAGUCGCAGAAGCUGCGGGCGAAACUGGAGGCAGCUAGACGGAAAAGCCUUGCCUUCAAGCCCAAGAUUGGUAACCGGCUGGUAGAAUAA